AUGGACGGGCCGGGGAUUCGCAGGAAGCAGUACGGUUUCAAGAGCAAUGCUCACCAAGGCGCGGGCGCUGUGACCAGCACCAGCUCGGGCAAGCGCAAGGGGAAGGCUUCUGCCGGCGGCGGAAAGAAGCCACCGAUCAAGGUGGUGUUCAUCGGCAACCCCGUGCGGGUGACGACCAGCGAGGCGGGCUUCCGCGCGCUGGUGCAGGACCUCACCGGCCGCCACGCCGACCCGUACAAGUACAGCGGCGGCGGCAGCAGCAGCGGUGCUGCAAUUGACGUCGACGCCGACGACAGCAGCGGGGGCAGCCCCGUGGAGCCGCAGCAUCAGGCGGGCGCGAUGCUUCUGCCCAGCCCUGUCAGCACCCCGUCAUCGGACGCCGCCUCCGCCUCCGCUGCCGGCGCGAUCCAAGUCUCAGUGCCGGCUUACGACGACGACGACGACAGCUUCGCGCCGCAGCUGAUCGACAACAGCUACUCCGCGUUCUCGCCGCCGACGUUCCUCUACGGCCCGCACGGCGAGCUGUGA